UGAUCUGAGUCAAAAUCAUAAAGGACGAGAAUCACAUACAGCAAAGAAGAACUUAGACUCCAUUUUUAAGGAGAUUGAGCACAAAAUCAUCUCUGAGUUAAAAAGCUUUAAGAGACUCCUGAGUCCAGAUUACCCAGAAUGCUCUGAAAGAGACCGUUCUGAUGAUGAGGGUCAUAACAGAGUCAGAGAGGGUCUUCUGAAGAUCACACUGCUCCUCCUGAGGAAGAUGAACCAGACAGACCUCGCUGACACACUACAGACCAAACUGAUGUCUGUGUAUCAACAAAAACUCAGAUCCAGACUACAGGAUAAAUAUCAGAGACUCAGUGAAGGACUGUCCAAUCAUGGAGACUCAACACGUCUGAAUGAGAUCUACACAGAGCUCUACAUCACAGAGGGAGGCAGUGGAGAGGUCAAUAAUGAACAUGAGGUCAGACAGAUUGAGACAGUGUCCAGGAGACCAGAGACACAGGAGACACCAAUCAACUGCAAUGACAUAUUUAAACCCUCACCUGGACAAGACAAACCCAUCAGAACUGUGCUGACUAAAGGAGUCGCUGGAAUUGGAAAAACAGUCUCUGUGCAGAAGUUCAUUCUGGACUGGACUGAAGGAAAAGCCAAUCAGGACGUUCAUUUCAUAUUUCCACUUCCUUUCAGGGAGCUGAACUUGAUACAGAAACAUCUCAGUCUUGUGGAUCUUCUAAACCACCUUCACACAGAAACCAAAGAAUUAAAGUCAGCAGAUUAUGAGGACUACAAAGUCAUGUUCAUAUUUGAUGGUCUGGAUGAGUGUCGACUGCGUCUAGAUUUCCAAAACAGUCGGAGCUUGUCUGAUGUGACAGAAUCAGCUUCAGUGGAUGUGCUGCUGACCAACCUCAUCAAGGGGAACCUACUUCCUUCUGCUCUCCUCUGGAUCACCUCUCGACCAGCAGCAGCCAAUCAGAUCCCUCCUGAGUGUGUCCACCAGCUCACAGAGGUACGAGGAUUCAACGACCCUCAGAAGGAGGAAUAUUUCAGGAAGAGAAUAAAUGAUCCGAGUCUGGCUGAGAGAAUCGUCACACACAUCCGAUCAUCAAGAAGUCUGUUCAUCAUGUGUCACAUCCCAGUCUUCUGCUGGAUUUCAGCCGCUGUUCUGGAGAGGAUGAUGGGUAAAGCAGAGAGUGCAGAGAUCCCCAAGACUCUCACACAGAUGUUCACACACUUCCUGAUCUUUCAGACCAAACUGAAGACACAGAAGUAUGAUGGGAAAUAUGAAAUAGAUCCUGAUCAGGCUAGAAAGACUAUUCUGUCUCUAGGAAAACUGGCUUUUGAACAGCUGGAAAAAGGGAACCUGAUCUUCUACGAGGAGGACCUGAAAGAGAGCGGCAUUGAUGUCAGAGAAGUGUCCGUGUACUCAGGAGUUUGUACCCAGAUCUUCAGAGAGGAGUCUGGACUGCAGCUGGGGAAGGUGUUCAGCUUUGUUCAUCUGAGUAUUCAGGAGUUUCUUGCUGCUUUAUUCAAGCUGCUGUCCUCUUCUGAGCAAAACACAGGACUGAAGAAUGUGUUCAGGUCACCAAUGAUCAGUUUACUGGAGAGAGAAGUGGACAAGGCCUUACAGAGUGAGAACGGACACUGGGAUCUUUUCCUCCGGUUCCUUCUCGGUCUCUCUCUAGAGUCUAAUCAGACUCUCUUACAAGGCGUCCUGAGAAAGACAGUAAGCAGCUCUGAUAUCAAUCAGGAAACAGCUGCAUACAUCAAACAGAAGAUCAGGGAGAAUCACUCUCCAGAGAAAUCCAUCAAUCUGUUCCACUGUCUGAAUGAACUGAAUGAUCGUUCACUAGAGCAGGAAGUACAAACAUACGUGAGUGGAAGAACAGGUAACCUUCGUCUCUCUGGAGUCUCUCUGUCUGCUGCUCAGUGGUCGGCUCUGGUGUUUGUGCUGUUGAACUCAGAAGAAGAUCUGGAUGAGUUUAAUCUGAGGAAAUAUCAUCGAUCAGAAGAAUGUCUUCUGAGGCUGCUGCCAGUGAUCAAAGCAUCUAGAAAGAUUAAUCUCUGCGGCUGUCGUAUUACACAGAAAGGCUGUGCUGCUCUGAUUUCAGCUCUGAGAUCAAACCCCUCACACCUGACAGAACUGAAUCUGAGCCUUAAUACACCAGGAGACUCAGGAGUGAAGCUGCUCUCUGCUCUACUGGAGGAUCCACACUGUAAACUGAAGAAACUACGUAUUUGACAGUGGAAACUCCACGAGCUCCAAACAACUGAAUCAAAACAACACGUCUUGAACAAGACUGUCACCUGGACAUUAACCCCCUGGGGUCGAAGCAUCAGUGCGGUCUGUCUCGUAUUUUCUUGAUGACCGCGAACAGAACUAAAAAUACUUUGAUCAUUUUUGAUCAUACAGAUAAGAAUAAGGUAUUGUUUUAAACUGGACAUGGUGUACUUUUAUAUUACCGGUGCUGUCUGUCAGGUAUUUUAUAGAUGGAUUGUGUAUAAAUGUUAUGUUUAAAUAUAACAUUUUAAUAUAGAAAUAUUUAAUGAUUGCAAAAAUGAAAUAAGAUACUUUUUGUAAUGUGGUGUUUGGGUUUUGUUUCAUGUUCUUGUUUUCAUGUCUCUUAUUUUGUAGUUUGUUUCUUCCUGUGUGUCAUACUUCCCUUGCCCUCAUGUAUCUCUGCCUUGUGGAUGUAUCAUGUUCUGAUUGGUUUAUUGUCUUGUCAUGUGAUUAUCAGUUUGCUCAUUAGUUUGUUCAUGUCAUGUGACCCUCAUUGUCUGUUAUAAGUACUCAUGUUUUUGCCACUGUCCCUUGUCAUGUAUUAAUGUUGUAACCUGCUGUCGGUGAGUCUACUCUGUUCAUGCCUCGUCAAAUCAAGUCUGUUCAAGUC